UUCUCAAUCUAUUAGAUCUGAUCUCACUCUUGUGCUUGCGAUAUCUUUGUAGAUGCCCCCUGACCAUAACCUUCUUGCCUUUUGGGAUUUAUUCUUCUUCCAUCACUAAAUUUUUACAAUUUGGCAAUCCUUAUUCCUUUGUUAUUGACAUGCUCGUACCCUAGAUUCUUAAAUACUCUUGUUUCAAAUACUUACAUAUGAAUUUCUACUGCCUACUUAAACAUUUCAGUUUAUAUGUCCAUCAUCAUCCUGUCUUUUGAGACCCUUUCCUAUUCUGUUGCUAAGUCGCUAUCUUUUGGCAAUUCGUACUCCCUUGGUCUUGGUAUGCUCGCACCUUCGUAAUCUUGCAUACUUUUACUUCUUAUAUAAAUGCUUACCUUUGUACCCCAAUGUCUGUUUAAAACCUUUCAGUUUACAUACUCUUGACCACCUUUGUUUCUUCAUGAUCCAUGAGCGGUCAUUUUAUUUUGCAUAUCCUUGGUAAUCUUGUUGUCUCCUUGUAACUCCACUUGGUAAUUGAUUUUCUUUACUUCAACCAUUCUGUUGCAACCUUACCUAUCUUACCCUUGACUGUUUUCUGCACUUCGCCACCUAGCGAGUCUUGCUUGAACUCUAUCCUUAUUCUUUUCAUUAUUAUCACCUUUACCUUUGACACUUCUAUAUCUUACUUGAUGUUUGUCUCAUACCUGCCCUUUAAAAUCACCUCUCUCCCGUCUUAUUCUGAGAGCUAUACACCUAUCUUUACCUUGGUCGCAUCCUCUUCUUUGGCUUGCGAGUUUGUAACUUCGUUCUUUGCUAUGCUUUUGUUUGUUACUGCCUCCACCUAUCCCAUAUCUCAAUCUUACCUUGGUGAUUACAUUAUUUUUGUUAUCUAAAAUCUCCAAUCUCCUAUCCCAAUUUGAGAACAGUGUUUUACUUAUCUUAUCCUUGGCAACGUCCUAUUCUUUACCGCGUGUAAGCCUUGACAUACCUCCAUUCUUUAUUGUACUUAUACCACUGGCUCUUCUAUGCCUUCACCUUUUCCCCUAUACUCUUGUCUGUUAUCGCCUUUGACCCUUGCGAUAUUUAUGUCAUCUACCUAAAUGCUUACCUUAAACUUAUUCUUUAAAAGCCUCUCCUUUAUUUUGAGAAAGUUUGAGAGUUGUGAGUUACCCAUCUCUCCCUUGAUUUCAUUUCACUUCUUAUCGCCUUACAAGUCUUGUCUUAAUUCCAUCCUUUGCUGUGUGUUUUAUUUGCUAUCACCAUUACCUUGUCAUCCAUCGGUCUUGCCUUGACACUUAUCUUUAUUCUUGCUCUUUAAAAAAAUCUCCUCUCUUCCACCUCAAUUUGAGAGUGGCAGUUUACCUAUCUGGCCCAUGGACGUACCCUCUCCUUUUCCAUUUGUAGGUCUUGUCUUAACUCCAUCCUUUGUGGUAUUUAUAUUCUUGGUUCUUAUGAACAUUUACCUCCUCUCCUACAUCCUUGUCAGUUAUCACCUUUAAACCCUCGUGAUACCUAUGCCCUUGCCAUAUGCCUACUUUGAACCUACCUUUUAAAGCCUUCUCUUUUCUGUCCCUAUUCGAGGGUAAUGCCUCACCCACUUCACCAUUGAUUGCUCCCCCUUCUUUGACGCCUUGCAAGUUUUGUCUGAAAUACACCCCUUCAUGUGUGUUUGUCUGUUAUCACCUUAACCCUUGUUAUUCCUCGAUCUUUACCUUGAUGCCUAUCAUGUACCCAUAUUUUAAAGCCCCCUCUCCCGUUUUAGUUCAAGAGUGUUGUCUUACCCCUCCCCACUCUUGUUCGUUCCCUAUUCCUCUAUCGUGUUGCAAGUCUUGUUUUAACUCGAUCUUUUGGUGUGCUUUUCCUUGUUACCUCCUGUACCUUUGUAAUCUCUAGAUCUUUCCAUGAUGUUACAUUAUGCCUACCUUUUGAAAUAUCAUAUUUUCCAUCUCGAUUUGAGAAUGGUGUUUUACCUACCCUGCCCUUGGUUGCAUUUUCUCCCUUGUCGAUUACAAUCCUUGCUUUAGCUCCAUCCUUUACUAUGCUCAUGCCCCUAUCCUACAUGUUUUAUCGCCCCCUUGUCUUUUGAUGGUCUUAUAGUAGUUUCCACAUUGUAAGAAAAGACCACCAUUUAAUUAAAAGGAACGUAUAGCAACGAGAUGUUGGUCGUUGUGUGCUCAUGAUGUUUGUCCUUCUGCUAUGACUGAUUUGCUUCUUUGGAAUGAAUGUUGAUGUGUUGUGGCCCUUGGUCCGCAAUGUCAUUAGUUUGCUAGGUGAGUGCCAUAUAUUUAAGUAGUUGGGUUCUCCCCCUGCUCUCUCUAAUCCGUCUAUACUUCCUUUUCUCGCUAUUCUUUCCUCUUGCACCUGUCCAUUUGGCAACCUCCAACUCCUCCAAAUCGGUCAAGGUCAGAGUCGGCAACAUCUUCACCAAGUGCAUAUCAACGCUCCUGUUAAGGGGGUUAGCCGCUAACCCCAAGGAAGACAAUGUGAUCAACAUCAACCAACAAGAUCAGAGUGGCGUAGCGAAAGCGUGUGUGGGCCCAUAACCCACAGGUCCAAGAGAUCCUCAAGAAUUGCAUCGAUCGGUUUCAAGCAUUUGAAGACCAAAGCAACCAGUCCACAAGUUAAGCUUGUAGAGUCAAAGUCAACUCAAGAAAGUCGUGAACAACCUAUGAACCAAACCUGUUUCCUUGCUAGCUUCUUCUUGAAUCUCGGGGCGAGAUUCCUGUUAAGGGGGUUAGAUUUGUAACACCCUGAAUUUGGGGGUAUAAUUUUUUUUUAUUUUUUUUAUUUUCUAAGAUCCACCAAAUUCAGGUGUUACUUCCUUUUUCCUCUUUCUGUUCGCUCCUUUAUUCUUUUCUUCCCAAGUAAUAAGGAAUGUUACUUCAAAUAUAGUUGCUAAUAAAACCCUACAGGAAUUGUUAUUGACAUAUCAUGCUGGAACAUAUGUUCUGAUUGACGAAUUUAUUGGAUGUGCAUUCAAUUAGUUUGUUUGUGCACUCGAUGCUAAAUUUAAAUGAUAGAAAAAGAAACAAAAUAAAGAAAAGAGAAAGAAAUGAAAGAAGUAGAGAAAUCCAGCCCAGCCGAGGCCCUUGCGUGCCUCUGCCUUCCUCCCCGCGGCCCAACGCCCGCGCGGCCCAGCUCCAACUGCCCUGCCGUGCCUGCCGCGCGCGUGGGCAGUUGCCCAGCGCCGCCGCCACGAGUGAGACCCGCCUGUUAGCCUAGUGCCACACUAAAAGUCUCCACCUUCUCUCAUCCCCAUUUCCUCCCCACGCCCCGUCGGUUUCUCUCAUGCCAAUUUCUCUUGCCCUGGUUCUCUCUCGCUCGUCGGCGCGCAGUUGGAGUCGCCGAGAGCGCCGUCUGCGCCGAAUGGUACUCGCCGUCAAACUCCGUCGUGUGCAGCCGCUGCUCCUCAGGCUGGCGUCCGUGCAUGGCCGCCGUGCAUGUGUCCACCUCCAGCCCACCUCCUGUCCCAUCCCAGUAGCACAGAGCCGACGCUGGAAAUAAGGAGCUGAAGGCGCGAUUGGCGUGAACUACGGCAUGGUCGCCAACAACCUGCCGGCGCCGGAGCAGGUCGUCUCCAUGUACAAGGCCAAGAACAUCAGCUACGUGCGGCUCUUCCACCCGGACACGGACGCGUUGAACGCGCUCCGCGGCUCCGGCGUCGGCGUCGUCCUGGGCACGCUGAACGAGGACCUCCCGCGCCUGGCGUCCGACCCGUCCUUCGCCGCGUCGUGGGUGGCCACGAACGUGCAGCCCUUCGCCGGCGCCGUCCAGUUCCGGUACAUCAACGCCGGCAACGAGGUCAUCCCGGGGGACGCCGCGGCGCGGGUGCUCCCGGCCAUGCAGAACCUGGAGUCGGCGCUCCGGUCCGCGGGGGUCACGGGCGUCCCCGUCACCACGGCCGUGGCCACCAGCGUGCUCGGCGCCUCGUACCCGCCGUCCCAGGGCGCAUUCUCCGAGGCGGCCGCGUCGGUGAUGGCGCCCAUCGUCUCGUACCUGUCGUCGAAGGGCGCGCCGCUGCUGGUCAACGUAUACCCGUACUUCGCCUACUCGAGCAGCGGCGGGCAGGUGGCGCUCGGGUACGCGCUGCUGUCGGCGGACGCCGGCGCGGCGUCGUCGGUCACGGACGCCGGGGUGGUCUACACCAACAUGUUCGACGCUAUCGUGGACGCGACGCACGCCGCGGUGGAGAAAGCCGGGGUCCAGGGGCUGGAGCUGGUGGUGUCGGAGACCGGCUGGCCGUCGGCCGGCGGCGAGGGCGCCACCGUGGAGAAUGCCGCGGCGUACAACAACAACGUGGUGCGGCACGUCGGCGGCGGUACCCCGCGCCGGCCAGGGAAGGCCGUGGAGACGUACCUUUUCGCCAUGUUCAACGAGAACGGCAAGGCCGAGGGCGUGGAGCAGCACUUCGGCCUCUUCCAGCCGGACAUGAGCGAGGUCUACCACGUCGACUUCACGGCGGGAUCCCCCUAGGUCUAGGGAGGAGGCGGCUUACCCGCUUCUUCACUUUUAGUAGUAGGCUCAUCCUUCAUUCCCCUGAUCUACUUCGUUUUGUUGGAGUAGCAAAACUGCCGCACGUCACGUUUACUGUUUAUUUUUUAAUAUCUUAUAUAGAAAAAUAAUAUCAACAUUUAUUCUUUAAAUAAGUUUAUGUUUACUAUAAAUAUUUUUUUAAUUCA